AUGGAGAGCCCAAAGACCAUGCCCAUCGCCAUCAUCGGCAUGAGCUGCAAGUUCAGUGGAACAGCCACCUCUCCUGAGCAGCUCUGGCAAAUGGUCGCAGAAGCUCGCAGCGGCUGGUCCACAUUCCCCAAGGACCGUUUCAACGGUGAUGCCUUUUAUCAUCCCAUUUCUGAACGCCUUGCUACCACUCAAGUCAAAGGCGCGCAUUUUAUCCAACAAGACAUUGGACUUUUCGAUGCGUCGUUCUUCAACUUCUCUGUUGAAGUAGCGGCGACUAUGGAUCCCCAGGUCCGGUUACAGCUUGAGUCUGCUUUCGAAGCUUUUGAGAAUGCAGGUCUUGCGAUUGAGACGCUAGCUGGAUCUGAUACUGGUGUCUUUGCAGGAGAGUUUGUCAAAGACUAUUAUGAUAGUCUGAUGAGAGAUCCAGAGACCAUUCCACGUUUUUUCGUCACUGGUAACGGUGUAGCCAUGAUGAGUGCAAGGGUAUCUCACUUCUUUGACCUCAGAGGACCCUGUCUUACACUGGAUACUGGGUGCUCAACAGGUCUUACUGCACUACAUCAAGCCUGUCAAAGCAUUCGAUCCGGCGAGUCCAAAAUGGCCGUUGUUUCAGGAUCGAAUGUCCUGUUGAACCCCGACAUGUUCAAUCAGAUGUCAGCUACUGGACUGCUCUCCAAAGAGGGCAGGUCAUUCUCGUUUGACAGCAGAGGCACUGGCUACGGUCGCGGUGAAGGUGUCGCCACGCUUAUAAUCAAGCCUUUGGAGGAUGCUCUCCGGGAUAACGAUCCUAUUCGGGCUGUUAUCCGAGAAACAGCGUUGAAUCAGGAUGGAAAGACCCCAACCAUCACUUCGCCUAGUGAGGAGGCACAACGGGCUCUUAUGAGAGCUUGUUACGACAGAGCCGGUCUAGAUCCUUCAGAGACGGCGUACAUUGAGGCACAUGGAACCGGCACAAGGACAGGCGAUCCCAUCGAGGCUCGGGCUAUACAUUCCGUCCUUGGUGGUAAGCGUCCAAGCAACACUCCUCUCCUUAUCGGCUCAGUCAAAUCAAAUAUCGGACAUACUGAAGCCGCCAGCGGUCUAGCAGGCGUUAUCAAGGUCGUCAUGUCCCUUGAGAAAGGCGUUAUUCCACCCAACUACGACUUUCAGAUCGCAAACCCAAACAUUCCUUUCGGUGACUUCAACAUGAAAGUUCCAACAACCGCGACACCAUGGCCUGAGAACCUCCCACGAAGAGCAUCCGUCAACAGCUUCGGUUACGGUGGUACAAACGGCCACGUCAUCAUCGAAGACGCUGCUCUUCAUACCCGUCGAACCCGCCAAGAUGAGUCGCGGACUUCAGACUCGUGGAAGGUUUUCCGACUCAGCGGUAAAGAUGAGGUCACUACCAAGAACAUGCUAUCGCAACUCAAGGACUACCUCACCACCACUACCGUCAGCAAUAACAAGGCGUUGCUGGACAGUCUCGCAUAUACGCUAGAUCAACGACGAACGAAGUUUGCAUGGAACUCAGCGGUGGUAGCCAAGACGAAGGACGAGCUUAUCACCGCUUUGGAUCCAGCUGCAGUGCCUCUUGCUAGGUCGGAUAGCAAGCCCAGGCUCGGGUUUGUGUUUACCGGGCAAGGUGCGCAAUGGCAUGCUAUGGGUCGGGAACUCAUUCUGUCAUACCCCGUAUUUCGAGAGGCGAUCCUUGAGGGGGAGUUGAUUCUGAAGGAUCUGGGUUGCACUUGGUCUGCUACAGAGGAGCUUCUGAGAGAUGCCCAAACCACUCGUGUCAAUCAGGUCAUGCUCAGCCUUCCCCUCUGCUGUCUCGUACAAAUGGCGCUAGUCCGUCUUCUACGAAGCUGGGGCAUCAAUCCCACCGCAGUCACUGGCCACUCCAGUGGUGAAGUCGGAGCCGCCUUUGCCGCCAACGCGAUCAACAUGCGAGAAGCCCUCGCGGUUGUUUGGAGCAGAGGUACUUUGACCGAGGAAUUUCAGCGAAAGAUCCAACGCAAGGGCGGUAUGCUAGCAGCUGGUCUUAGCAGGGCUGAGGCGGCGCCAUAUCUGGAGGGUCUGACUUGCUCGGGCAAAGCCGUUGUUGCAUGCGUCAACAGUCCUUCGAGUGUCACGCUAUCGGGAGAUGUCAACGCUAUCGUGGAGCUUGACAUCAAACUGAAGCGUCAAAACAUCUUCGCGAGACGGCUCAAGGUCGAUGCUGCAUAUCACUCUGAGCAUAUGGAGGUCUUUGCAGACUACUACCUGGAUUACCUGAUGGAGAGGAUGUCGAAUGACGGAGACUUUGACGGCGUCGUCUUCUCUUCGCCUACCACGGGUAAGCGAAUUGCCAAGGCCCAGGAUCUUGGACCUGCUCAUUGGGUUGAGAACAUGGUCAAGCCAGUCGAGUUCCUCGACAGCUUCACAAACAUGUGCAUCGACACGACCAUUCCCGAAUCCGACCCGUCUAGAAAGUCGAUUGACAUUGUGGUUGAGAUUGGCCCUCAUGGUGCUUUAUCCGGACCAAUUCGCCAGAUCCUACAGACUCCAGAGCUGAAAGGCAUCGGAGUCCAGUACGGAUCCUGCCUUACUCGAGGCCAAGAUGCCGUCAUGACGAUGCAGAAUCUCGCUGCACUCUUGGUAUCCAAGGGUUUCCCAGUCAACUUGGACGCAGUCAACUCUCCUUCCAGAACAAGUCGUCUCCCAGUCCUCCAUGACCUUCCAUCAUACCCUUGGAACCACCAGACGCGUUACUGGUCUGAGCCUAGACUCAACCGCCAACACCGUCUACGUGAACACCCUGACCAUGAUCUCCUCGGUGUUAGAGUUGUCGGCACGAACCCAGCGACUCCAACUUGGCGGCAUAUCAUUCGGCAAAAGGAGCUUCCGUGGGUCACUGAUCACCGGGUUCAGUCAACUGUUAUCUAUCCCGCUGCUGGAUAUGUCUGUAUGGCGAUUGAAGGAGCUCGUCAAUAUUUGGGAGCCAAGAGCAAUAUGAUCACUGGGUUCAGAUGUCGUGACAUCGAUAUCGCGAGUGCACUGAUAAUUCCCGACACGAAUGAGGGGAUUGAGGCACAGUUGCAACUCCGAAACUGCGAUGAUGACAACACCUUGGGCUGUGAGGGCUGGUAUGAGUUCCACAUCAGCUCUGUUACCGCAACAGAUGAAUGGUCACAUCAUUGCCGAGGCUUCAUCUCCGUCACCACUACUACCGGAGAGUCAGAAAAGCGGAUGGUUGACAAACUUAACAAGAUGAGCUUCGAGAACAAGAUAAGUGCCAAGCCCAGCCAGAUCUUUGAGUCGAUCCAUCGUCUUGGUGUUCAGCAUGGACCCAUCUUCCAGAACUUGACUCAAGUGGAAGCAGACGACGAGUCACAAUCUCUGGUGAGAUUCAAGCUCAAGAACACUGCGGAACUCAUGCCGGACCAAUAUGAGCAUGAGCACGUGCUGCACCCGACCACGCUUGACUCAACCGUUGUGGCUGCAUUCACAGCCCUUCCCGGGGCGGGAUUGAACCAGACUACCGGCAUGAUUCCACAGCAUAUUGGAAGCUUGUUUGUCAGUGCCGACGCUCCGCAUGCUCCUGAAACUCAGUUACAGGUUCUUACCAACAUCUCUGAGUCCACUCCUCGUGGCUUCAUGUCGUCGAGCAUCACUUGGGCACAAGAUGGAUCACGCAGGACCCCCGUUCUCGAGAUCGGAGAUUUGUACUUCAAAGCUCUCGGGGAUACCGGUAAUGCAAACAGUGAUGAAGGCUCGGGUAAGCUUUGCGCCACUGUCAAGUGGUCGCGAAGCCUUACGUAUGUUCCCAAUGAGGACCUCAAGGAGAUGAUCGCUGGCGUCUCAAAGCCUGAGAAUCUCGACUGGUUAUCGGACCUGAAGGUCGCAGCAUUCUAUUUCAUCCGCCUUGCUCUAGAGAACCUGGACGACGCGGAUGUCGACAAGCUCACGGGCGCUCACCGGAAGUUCUACGAUUGGAUGGUCCAGCAGAACAAACUCGCCAAACUCAACGAGCUCGGCGCUCAAAGUCUAGCCUGGCUUCUUGCAAGCGACGAGGACCGAGAGGCGCUGGUUACAUCUCUCAGACACCACAGCGUUAGCAGCCAGAUGCUAUGCAGGGUUGGAGAGAACAUUGUUCCCAUCCUGAAGGGCGAGGUCACUGCUCUUGAGCUCAUGCUCGAAGGCGGUCUGUUGUACAAGUUCUACGAAGAAGACAUGAGGGUCGUCCGAUCACAUGAGCACCUGAAGAAGUAUCUCAGCAUGUACGUGCAUGAGAACCCACGGGCCAAUAUCAUUGAGCUCGGUGCUGGUGUUGGUGGUUGUACGCAGGCGGCCCUCCAAAUACUUGGAGGUGCCGACGAACCUCAGUUCGCGCACUAUGACUUCACCGAUAUCUCCGCAGGAUUCUUCAGCACUGCGCGCGAGAGGUUCUACAGCUUUGGAGACAGGAUCAACUACCGCAAGCUAGAUCUUGAGAUCGACCCUUCAGAGCAGUCAUUCGAGACGGGCUCAUACGACUUGGUGAUUGCUUGCCGAGUCCUCCACGCUACCAAGCUCAUGUCCAAGACCAUGUCUCACGUUCGCAAGUUGCUCAAACCAGGUGGCAAGCUCAUCAUAAUCGAGGACACUACCAACUCUCUAGAUCAUCAGGUAAUCUAUGGAGUUUUGCCGGGCUGGUGGUUGGCUGAAGAGGAUGACCGGAAGCACGGCGCGACUAUGCCGGUUACUACUUGGGAUAGUAUUCUCCAGCACUCUGGGUUCAACUCGCUUGAGUUGGAGGUACCUGCCUUUGAGGAGGAAGAGUAUCAGUCAUCGAGCUUCAUGGUGUCCACCGCGGUAGCUUCAUCUCCAGCGUCGUAUGAUCCCAUCAUAUAUGCAGUGCAUUCUAGCCGCGAGCCACCAGCAGAAUGGAUCAGCACUCUCGGAGAGGAGAUCUUCAAGUUGACUGGAUCUCGCUUGGAAAGUGUGCAGUUGGGAUCAGUCGAUCUCACCGACAAAACAUGUCUCUUCCUCGAGAUUGAGGAGCCUAUGUUGGCGAGCCCAUCCGCUGAGAAGUACGCUGAGCUUCAAGCCAUGCUUUUGACGUCCAAGGGUGUACUUUGGGUCACACGUGGAGCAGCUGUUGACUCUCAGCAGCCAAUGUUGGCUCUCAGCCAGGGACUUCUACGUGCUCUCCGGUGCGAGAACCCAGCCAAGCGUUAUAUCUCUCUGGAUCUCGACGCUGCUCGGGACCCUUGGACAGCAGCGGAUACCUCGGUUAUCUCGCGUGUUCUUCAGUCAACCUUUGAUCUUACAGUUGAGACUUCACCUAUUGACUUUGAGUACGCUGAACGCGGUGAUUCGAUCCAAGUACCUCGUCUGAUGGAGCGGCCCGACCUGGAUGAAAUUGCCACUGGAUCUGGAGACCCUGAAGUGACACUGCAGCCUUUCCUGGAGAGCGAUGAGCUCCACCUCGAAGCAAUCAACUCUGGCGAUCUAAGCAGUCUCGCUUUCCGGUCAUCUACUGGUAGAGAGCCACUACCAACCGACUUUGUCGAAAUCAUCCCCCAUGCCUUUGGUGCAAACCAGAGCGAUAUCUCAGUGGCACUCGGCCAGGCCGAUGACUCUGUGGCAGGGCUCGAAGUGGCUGGCACUGUGACAAGGGUUGGCAACAGUAUCACUGACUUGUCGGUCGGCCAGCGUGUAUGUGCACUCGUGCUACAGGGCUCUUAUAGUAACUUGGUUCGCGUGCCAGCCACGAAUGUUGCAGUGAUCCCUGACUCGUUGAGUUUCGAGGUCGCGGCUACAUUGCCUAUUGCGUUUGUUACCGCCUACAGCGCCUUAUAUGAGUUUGCUCGCUUGCGACAGGGAGAGACAGUACUCAUCCAUAACGCAAUGGGAGACAUUGGCCAAGCAGCAGUAUGCCUGGCAAGACUUGCUGGAGCCGAAGUCAUCACGACAGCCUCAACGCCGGAAGAGCAUACACUUCUUUCCAAGGCGCUGGAUGUACCUGUGACGCACGUCUUCUCAUGUUCAGAUGCGUCGUUCGCGAGGGGCAUCAUGGAGCUCACCAGCGGCAAAGGUGUCGACGUAGUUCUCAGCUCGCUUUCUGGCGAACUUUUACGCGAGUCAUGGAACUGCAUCGCACCAUUUGGUCGUUUCUGUCAAAUUGGCAAGCAUGAUGCUCAGGCCAAUCGUACUAUGGAAAUGACCCCCUUCCAGCGUAUGACCUCCUUUGCUACCAUUGAUGCGGUUUACCUUGCCCAGCACCAGCCCGACGGCUUCCACCGGGUGCUGGCAGAAGUUGCUACUUUGACGAAGAAGCAGCGCAUUUCUCCAAUCGAACCUAUCACUACAUUUGGCAUUUCUCAGAUCGAGCAAGCCUUUGCGCAUUUGCAAAAUGGUCAUCAAACUGGCAAGACUGUCAUCACCGUCAACCCUGACGAGCAAGUGAAGGUCAUUUUACCUGAGCUCUCGGCACAGCUUUCGCCCGACCGCAGCUAUCUGAUCGUCGGAGGUAUGGGCGGUAUUGGCCAGGCUAUCAGCAAGCAUCUUGUACAGCUUGGCGCGAGAAAUCUCAUCCUUGUUUCUCGAAGUGCUGAGAAGCAGAUUGAGUCAUCACAGGCAUUCCUCAAGGAUUUGAAAGCGUCUGGGUGCACUGUUUGCGUGAGAAGCUGCGAUGUUACAAACGAGGCUGAUCUUCAACGCGUUGUGGCAGAGUCCGAGCAGGAGACUGCUCCCGUUGGAGGCGUGAUUCAAGCUGCAAUGGUUCUAAGAGACACUAUUUUCGACCAAAUGUCUUUUGAAGACUACACCGCUGCAGUACGCCCCAAGGUCAUGGGUACAUGGAAUCUCCACAACCAGUUCAUCCGCCACUCUCUAUCCUUCUUCAUCGUCCUCUCCUCCUUCGUUGGAGUCGGUGGCAACGGCGGCCAAGCCAACUACGCUGCUGGAGGAGCCUUUGAAGACGCUGUUGCUCGUCAUCGCGCCGCUACAGGUCUGCCCUCCGUUACCAUUGACUUGGGCGCUGUCAAGGAGAUCGGUUACCUCACCGAGAAUGAAAAUGUUGCUGGUCGACUUGCCAGGUUGGGCUAUAAGGCACUCGGUGAGAAGGAGGUGCUUGCUCUCGUUGAGGCAGCUAUCAAGAAACCUGUUCGCGACACCGAAGCAGCUCAGAUUGUGACUGGUAUUCUUGGCAGCGAAUGGGGCAACGCUCCUUGGGCCAAUGACCCACGCUUCGCAGGUUUGAAGCCAGUCACAUCAACCACUGCUUCAACCGGUGGCGUCAAGGUAGCUAUUGAUCUCAAAGUCCAGCUCGCAACAGCAACGUCUUUACAAGAGGGCACUGAUAUGAUUGUGGCUGGUGUUGUUCGCAAGAUCUCCGAGAUGUUCUCAGCGGCUGAAGAUGAGAUUGACACGAGUGCGCCUCUUUCUCGAUAUGGUGUUGAUUCACUCGUUGCUGUGGAGAUACGAAAUUGGCUUAACAGUUCUACAAAGGCAGAUGUGUCGAUAUUUGAUGUUAUGCAGAGUCCUUCGUUGGUUUCGCUUGCUGGGAAGGUAGCUGAGAAGAGUCAGGUUUUGGGUGAGAUUUCUAAGUAG